CUUUCUUGUCUCACGAAAAGCAGCACGACGCGUCAUCUCAUUCAAGCUAUUUAGUGAAAAUUAAUCAAACAAAUAGUAUAAUUUAACUUUUAAUACAAUGGCUGACAGCGAUGAUGAAUAUGAUCGCAAGCGACGGGAUAAAUUUCGCGGUGAAAGAGGUGCAGCGGAAGGCAGCAGCUACCGAAGCAGCGAUCGGCGCGAAGAACGUAGCAGAGGUCGUGAUGAAUGGUCUGAGAGAUCUCGAGGAGGUCGCUCUGGCCCUGACUACAGAGAUUACCGUGGUGGAGCCAGUGCAAGCCGCGGGUACUCGCCUGUUAGGGGAGAGGGGCCGCCGAGCAAGCGCAUUAGGCCUGACUGGCCUAUGGAAGACAGAAGAUAUGGUGGCAUGCCGCACGAUUCGUAUGGUUCAUAUGGAUGGGCUCACGACCAUUUCGGCCCCCAUCCUGCUCAUCAGGGCUAUGGGCAACCAAUGCCACCAGUUCCAGCUCGGGAUGCUGUUGUACCAAUGGCUCCAGCUGACGGGCCUGGGUCUAUGAUGUCUUUCAAGGCUUUCCUGGCUGCACAAGAUGACUCCAUAACCGUAGACGAUGCCAUCCAGAAGUACAAUGAAUACAAGCUGGAGUACAGAAGGCAACAGCUUAAUGAGUUUUUCGUUGCUCAUAAAGAUGAAGAAUGGUUCAAGAUCAAAUACCAUCCUGAAGAAUCUGUGAAACGAAAGGAAGAGCAAUUGACUGCGUUAAAGAAUCGUUUGAAUGUAUUCCUGGAACUAUUGGACCAAGGUGAAUUGGACAAAGUGUCUGUAGACGUUGAUAAAUCGGAAAAGCUGAUCCGUCUUCUUGAUACAGUGGUUAUCAAGCUAGAAGGCGGCACAGAGGAAGACCUGAAGGCACUUGAUGAACCUCCAGCUACAGAAAAUGCAACAACUAAUGAUAAAUCCGAUAAAGCAGAUGCAGAUAAACCCGUCGUUAUUGACGUUGACGCAGUAAAAGUAAAGGAAGAAAAAGAAGAUGAAAAGAAGGACAAGGAGAAGAAGGCCGAAUCGCCCAAGUCUACCGCGCCUUUGACGAUCGAAUUGGAUCCCCAUCUGAAACAGCUACAGGAGCAAGCUAAGAUGUUCACUCGCUACAAUUCCACUACUGACUCGCAGCCAGAAGCAGAGGAAAAAGAACCACCACCACCAGGUUCUUCCUCUAGUUCAUCAUCAUCCAGUUCAUCGUCAUCUAGUUCAGAAGACGAGGGCGAGACCACAUCCACCAGGCGUAAAUCCAAGUCCAAAUCCAAAACCCCCGACAAAUCGCCGAAGAGGAAAGAAAAGUCGCCAAGUGUGGAAAAAGUUCCGGAAUCUGCAGAAAAAGACAAGGAAAAGGAGAAAACGGGUGACGACAAAGCAGAAUCAGUAACUGACGUUGUCGUUGAGAAGAAAGAAACCAGAGCGUUACAUAAGACUACCUCGAUAUUUUUGAGGAAUCUGGCGCCUACAAUAACUAAAGCUGAAGUUGAAGCGAUGUGCAAACGUUAUGGUGGUUUCCUGCGCGUGGCAUUAGCAGAUCCUCUACCAGAGCGGCGCUGGUUCCGUCGCGGUUGGGUUACUUUCCGCCGCGAAGUUAACAUCAAGGAUAUCUGCUGGAACCUGAACAACAUAAGAUUACGCGAGUGCGAGUUAGGCGCGAUAGUGAACCGCGAUCUUCAGCGGCGCAUCCGGCCGGUGUCAGGCGUGACGCUGGAGCGGCCGGUGCUGCGCGCCGACGCUCGCCUGGCCGCGCGCCUCGCGCACUUGCUCGACACGCGCACGCGCCUGUGGGACGACGGCGACGCGCAGGACACCAACGGGGAGAAGGCGCCGUCGUUCGAGAACUUCAGUCUCAACUCCAAAAACCCGGUGCUCCACAAGAUAACAGAGCAUCUUAUCGAGGAAGCAUCGACAGAGGAAGAGGAACUUCUCGGCUUGGAGGCGUCGGCGGAGUCCAUCCAGGAACAACCGGAUCCCGAGCUGAUGCGCGUGUUGGACCGCCUCGUGUUGUACCUGCGUAUUGUGCACUCGGUGGACUACUACAACCACUGCGAAUACCCGUACGAAGACGAGAUGCCCAACCGCUGUGGUAUCAUGCACGCUAGGAGCGGGCCGCCCGCCAACAAGCCCUCACAGCAGGAAGUUCAAGACUACAUCAAGGCAUUUGAGGGCAAAAUGUCAGCAUUUUUACAAGAUGUAAAACCACUGUCUGAUGAAGAACUGCAAAAGUUAGGGAUCAAGGAUCCGACUGUUGAGGUUGAAAAGUUCAUUCAAUCCAACACUCAAGAACUAUCCAAAGACAAGUGGCUGUGCCCACUAAGUGGGAAGAAGUUCAAGGGCCCUGACUUUAUCAGAAAACACAUAUUCAAUAAACAUGGAGAGAAGGUGGAGGAGGUGCGGCGCGAGGUGUCGUACUUCAACGCGUACGUGCGCGACGUGCGCCGCCCGCAGCAGCCCGAGCCCGCGCAGCGCGCGCCGCAGCACGCGCCGCCGCAGCCGUACGGCGGAGGUCCGGCCGCGGCGCCGGGCGGGGCGCGCGGCUGGGGCUGGGGCUCGCACUGGGCGCCGCCCGCGCCCUACCAGCCGCGACACCCGCGAUUCUCCCGACCCAGGGGUGGCGCCGAGUUCCGCCCGGUGAUACACUACCGGGACUUGGACGCCCCGCGGGAGCCCGACGAGUUCAUUUAGACGACGUUGCAUCAGCAUUGCCAAAGGAUAAACGUGCACGUAGACAAUGUUAUCACUGCGUAGCUGUCAGAGCACU